UCUCUCUCUUACUCUCUGCAACCUCCACAGCACGCAUUCCAAACCCUCUCUGCUCGCUCUCCGUGCCCGCUGCUUCCUCCACACGUACAUCUCGUCGCCUACAAACCCUAGCUUUUCUGCAUUUCAAUUCAUAACUCCGACGUCCGUUUCGUCUCCUAGAAAUGUAUUCUUCAUUGCGUUUCGUUGGAUUCUUCGAGAAUAUGGCCGCCAAAAGGAGUGUGUGCGUGUGCUUCGCCGUAAUUUUCAUCUCGUCGGUCCUGGUUUCCGGCGCCGGAGCAUUUACCGAUCCGCUUGACGUCACGGCUCUUCAUUAUUUUUACCGGGCCCUUAACAACCCACAGGAGCUGAAGGGGUGGCGAUUGGAUGGAGGGGAUCCUUGUGAAGAGUCAUGGGAUGGAGUUUCAUGUUCGGGGUCCUCUGUGAUAUACCUCAAGCUUCAUAGUCUGAACCUUUCUGGAUAUAUUCCUGAGGAGCUCUACAGUAUGUUCAACUUAAAGCAACUGGAUGUUAGUUCCAAUUACAUUGUGGGUGAAAUUCCUUAUGUCUUGCCCCCCAAUGCCACCCAUAUAAAUCUGGCAUGCAACUAUUUGACCCAAAAUAUUCCCCAUUCUUUACCUACCAUGAAAAGUCUCCGACAUUUGAAUCUAAGCCACAAUUUGUUAUCAGGACCUGUUGGCAAUGUAUUUACCGGCCUACAAAAUUUAAGAGAACUUGAUUUGUCAUACAAUAACUUCACUGGAGAUCUACCAAGUUCUUUUGGUUCCAUGACAAAUCUCACUGGAUUGUUCUUGCAGAACAAUAAAUUCACUGGAUCAGUUGCCUAUCUAGCCGAGCUUCCACUAACUGAUCUGAACAUACAAGAUAAUUAUUUCAGCGGCAUCAUUCCAAAUCAUUUUCAGUCCAUACCAAAUUUAUGGAUUGGGGGUAAUAUUUUUCAUGUUGGGGAUAACUCUCCACCUUGGGAUUUUCCUCUGGAAACACAGGCAAGUUCUGUCAUACAAAACAUUCCUGCGCCCCCCACAACCCCAGCCACCCCAGCCACUCUGUCAAGUGCCAUUGAGAAGAAUCCUCCCAUGAAAUUAGGAGGACACAAGAAGAAAAGGAUGAGUCCUGGAGGAAUAGCUUUUUUGGUUGGUGGAGGCACUCUAGUGUCAUCAUGUGUGGCACUUUACAUUGCAGUUCGCAUUAAUCAAUCCCGUACACAGAGGCUUAUAAUCUUGGGGGGAAGUAACAGCUCAAGGAAUUCGCUCCCGAUACGAACCACUGCCAGAGAUGGUUCUUCUAUUGCAGAAGAAAGCCCACCAAUGUUUCCCUUCAGGUCACCAAUGCUACUUCCAAGGCGACUGGCUCCGGUUUACCAUAGCAAACUGCAGAAAAAUACUAGAAGAAAAAGUUCCUCUGAUAAAUACAAAUACCCAGUGAGAGCAAAACUUUACACUGUGGCAGAGCUUCAAUUAGCUACAAACAGCUUUAGUGAAGAAAACUUUCUGGGCGAAGGAUCUCUUGGUUCGGUUUACAAAGCUGUGUUUCCUAAUGGCCAGACGUUGGCUGUGAAGAACAUCAACAUUGUAGGAUUGUCUUUCAAUGAAGAGGAACAAUUCUUGGAUGUCAUAGGGACUGCUUCACGUUUAAGGCACCCAAACAUAGUACCACUUGUUGGCUAUUGCAUAGAGCAUGGGCAGCAUCUUGUUGUCUACGAGUAUGUUAAAAAUUUAUCCCUUGAUGAUGCUCUUCACAUUGAUGCUUACAAGCCUCUGUCUUGGGCACUCCGUCUCCAGAUUGCUCUUGGUGUUGCUCAAGCUUUGGACUAUCUGCACUCUACGUUCUCACCUCCAGUUGCUCAUAGCAACUUGAAGAGUGCCAAUAUCUUACUUGAUGAAGAACUUGCUCCUCGGAUCUGUGACUGCGGACUUGCAAUUUUGAGGCCACUUACAAGCAAUAGACUCAAGCUAAAGGCUUCGGAAAAUGCUAUUGGUGACACUGGCUACAUUGCACCUGAGAAUGGCCAACCGGGAAUUGAUAACACAAAGUGUGACAUCUAUGCCUUUGGAGUGUUGCUUUUGGAGCUAUUAACAGGAAGGAAAGCUUUUGACGGUUCAAGACCAAGGGAGGAGCAAUCGCUGGUGAAAUGGGCUUCAUUCCGGCUUCAUGAUGUUGAGAGUCUGGCUGAGAUGAUCGAUCCAGGCAUUAAAAGGACAUUUUCCUCCAAGAAUCUCUCCCAGUUUGCUGACAUUGUCUCCCUCUGUAUCCAGCCUGUGAAAGAAUUCCGACCGCCGAUGUCUGAAGUUGUGGGAUCACUAAUAGGACUAAUAGAGAAACUCAAUGCCAUGGGGAAAGGCAAUGGAGCAGAUGACCCGUUCGAGAGAUCAUUCCGUUCGUUCAACAGCCAGUUCAUGGGCUCACCUACAGUGAGCUAUUUGUCCAUUUGACAAAGCCACCGGUACUCACAAACCAAAUCUACAGCGUCGAUCGGAUCAGAUGUUUGCUAAGACG